AUGUUGACAAUAAGUCAAGUUCUUAUAGCUGUGGCUGUAUUUCUUCUAAUUACACAGUUUUUAAAGUUGCAGCAAGUACGGAGAUGGUUUCCUCCUGGACCAAUUCCUCUCCCAAUUUUUGGGACCUUGAUACAGCUGAACUUCCAGUUUAAUCGUGAUCUCCUCAUGAAGCUGGCAAAAAUUCAUGGCAACAUAUUCACCUUAUGGUUUGGAUGGGCCCCAGUGGUUGUGCUGAAUGGAUUUCAAGCAGUGAAGGAUGGUAUGACCACGCACCCUGAAGAUGUUUCUGGGAGGCUGGUGUCUCCUUUCUUCAGAGCAAUGGCCAAAGGAAAAGGGAUUAUGUUGGCAACUGGUCACACCUGGAAGCAGCAGAGAAGGUUUGCACUCAGGACUCUACGCAACCUUGGCCUGGGGAAAAGAGGUCUGGAGCACCGAGUUCAAGAGGAAGCCCACUACCUGGUAGACUUCUUUGCAAGUAUGAAAGGGAAAGCUCUGGAUCCUUCUUUCUCUCUCGUUCAUUCUGUCUCAAAUGUAAUUUGUGCUGUCGUGUUUGGACAUCGUUUCGCCAGAGAGGAUGAGACUUUUCAUGAACUGAUUAGAGCCACAGAGGAACUGUUCAAAUUUGGGGGCAGCUUUAUUCAUCAUCUGUAUGAAAUCUUCCCCUGGUUGAUGUGUCGUCUCCCUGGGCCCCAUAAGAAGGCCUUGGCUUGCUAUGAUGUCCUGAGCUCCUUUACACGGAGAGAGAUCAGAAUGCACACGGAGCGUGGGAUACCAGAUGAACUGCAGGAUUUCAUUGACUUUUACCUGGAUUUCAUUGACUUUUACCUAGAUCACAUUGAAAAAUCCAAAGAUGAACCCAGGUCUACAUACAAUGAAGACAACAUGGUUUAUUCUAUAAAUGACCUUUUCCUGGGUGGAUCAGAGACAACAAGCACUACUUUGAACUGGGCUCUGCUCUAUAUGGUGGCAUAUCCAGACAUCCAAGAAAAAGUUCAGAAGGAGUUGGAUGCUGUUCUAGGUCCUUCCAAGUUAAUCUGCUAUGAGGAUCGGAGAGAACUGCCCUACACAAACGCUGUGGUUCAUGAGAUCCAACGCUUCAGCAACAUUAUCUCAGUUGGCAUGCCCAGGGUGUGUGUGAGGAACACAACAUUGCUUGGCUUUCCCCUCAAAAAGGGCACCAUAGUUCUUCCAAAUAUUGCUUCAUCUUUGUAUGACCCAGAGCAGUGGGAAACACCUCGACAGUUCAACCCUGGUCACUUCUUAGAUAAGGAUGGAAACUUUGUGAGCCAAGAAGCCUUUUUACCAUUCUCAAUAGGGCACCGUGUGUGUUUGGGGGAGCACCUAGCGAGGACCGAGCUCUUUAUUUUCUUUGCCAACCUACUGCGGGCUUUCACCUUCCAGCUCCCCGAGGGAGUGACAGAGAUCAACACAGAGCCCAUUUUUGGGGGUACCCUGCAGCCCCACCCAUACAGGGUUUGUGCCAUUCCACGCUAGGCUGGACAUGUGCAAUGUCCACGAAACAUCUUUGUUGCCUUUGUGAAUGUAUGUCUUGAGACCACACAACGCUUUUUGUCUUGGAUUUGAAUUUCUACUCCAAAAGCCACCUCUUGUCUACAGCAGAAAAUUUUGUUCAGACCCUCUUACCUGCUCUUGAAUGUGAUCCUUUUAUUUUGUAAAAGUUAAUUUGAUCUGUAAGGCAUCAUCAUUCUCAGCCAUAAAGGAAUCUUGCAGUUGCUGUCUGGCCUGGCAGAUAUAACUCUGGUACACUGGUGAAAAAAUGACAAAAUUGACCAGCAGACUUCAAAAUUGAUUCAUUAUCUCUGAGUUAUCCUGUUUCAAAAAGCAAGGAAGUUUGGGAAAACAAAC